UCUGGCUGGCUGCUCAGAAACGCCAUCCGGACAAUCCACACACCCGGGUGCAGAGGAAACAAGGAGCUGGGCGGCCCUGGCAUGGCAGGGAUCAGAGUGACCAAGGUGGACUGGCAGCGACUGAGGAACGGUGCCGCCCACCACACCCAGGAGUACCCCUGCCCUGAGCUGGUGGUCCGCAGGGGCCAGAAGUUCACCUUCACACUGGGGCUGAACAAAUCCCUGGAGUACACAGAGACCCUCAUCUUCACCGUGGAGACAGGACCCCAAGCUUCUGAGGCCCUGCGCACCAAGGCUGUGUUCCAGACAUCAGAGCUAGCGGUGGAUGACAGCUGGACAGCAGUGAAGGAGGCCCAGACAGAGAACGCCACGACCGUCAGCCUCACCAGCCCUCCCGAUGCCGUCAUUGGCCGCUACCAGCUAAGCGCCAGGGUUUCCUCCCGCCGCAAACACAAUGACCGGAAGCUGGGCGAGUUUGUUCUCCUUUUCAACCCAUGGUGCCCGGAGGACGACGUGUUUCUGGCCUCAGAGGAAGAGAGACAGGAGUACGUGCUCAACGACAGUGGAAUCAUUUUCCGAGGCGUGGAGAAACACAUCCGAGCCCAAGGCUGGAACUUCGGGCAGUUUGAGGAGGACAUCCUGCAUAUCUGCCUCUCCAUCCUGGACCGAAGUCCCAGUCACCAAGACGACCCAGCCACCGAUGUGUCCCGCCGCCAUGACCCCAUCUAUGUCACCAGAGCUGUCAGUGCCAUGGUGAACAGCAACAACGACCGGGGCGUGGUGCAAGGCCAGUGGAAGGGCAAGUACGGCGGCGGCACCAGCCCAUUGCAGUGGCGUGGCAGCGUGGCCAUUCUGCACAAGUGGUUCAAGGGCAGGUUCAAGCCAGUCAAAUACGGCCAGUGCUGGGUCUUCGCUGGAGUCAUGUGCACAGUCCUUAGGUGCCUGGGGAUCGCGACCCGGAUUGUGUCCAACUUUAACUCUGCCCAUGACACAGACAGGAACCUGAGUGUGGAUAAGUACGUGGACUCCUUCGGGCGGACGCUGGAGGACCUGACGGAAGACAGCAUGUGGAAUUUCCAUGUGUGGAAUGAGAGCUGGUUUGCUCGGCAGGACCUGGGCUCCUCUUACAAUGGCUGGCAGGUUCUGGAUGCCACCCCCCAGGAGGAGAGCGAAGGCGUGUUCCGGUGCGGACCGGCCUCAGUCACUGCCAUCCGGGAGGGCGACGUGCACCUGGCCCACGACGGUCCCUUUGUGUUUGCGGAGGUCAACGCGGACUACAUCACCUGGCUCUGGAAUGAGGAUGAGAGCCGGGAGCGUGUGUACUCAGACACCAAGAAGAUCGGGAGGUGCAUCAGCACCAAGGCAGUGGGCAGCGACACCCGCGUGGACAUCACCAGCCUCUACAAGUAUCCAGAAGGGUCCCGGAAGGAGAGGCAGGUGUACAGCAAAGCUGUGAAGAAGCUGUUUGGUGUGGAAGCCUCUGGAAGGAGGGCCCGGGUCCGCAGGGCAGGAGGCCGUGGUCUCCGGUGUGAUGACCUCCUGAAGCCUGCCACCAAGCCCAGCAUCGCAGGCAAGUUCAAGGUGCUGGAGCCGCCCCUGCUGGGCCACGAUCUGAGGCUGGCCCUGUGCUUGGCCAACCUCACCUCCAGAAGCCAGCGAGUCCACGUGAACCUGAGUGGAGCCACCAUCCUUUACACCCGCAGGCCGGUGGCAGAGAUCCUGCACGAAUCCCACGCAGUGAAGCUGGGGCCGGAAGAAGAGAAAAAGAUCCCAGUUGAAAUAUCUUACUCUCAGUAUAAGGAAGACCUGACAGAGGACAAGAAGAUCCUGUUGGCCGCCCUGUGCCUUGUCACCAAAGGAGAGAAGCUCCUGGUGGAGAAGGACAUUACUCUGGAGGACGUCAUCACCAUCAAGGUGCUUGGCCCGGCCAUGGUGGGGGUGGCGGUUGCCGUGGAAGUGAUGGUGGUGAACCCCCUCCUGGAGAAAGUGGAGGACUGUGUGCUGAUGGUGGAGGGGAGUGGCCUUCUCCAGGGACAGCUCAGCAUCAAUGUGCCCAGCCUGGAGCCCCAGGAGAGAGCCUCCGUUCAUUUCAGCAUCACCCCCUCCAAGAGUGGCUCGCGGCAGCUGCAGGUGGACCUCGUCAGCCCCCGCUUCCCAGACAUCAAGGGCUUUGUGAUCAUCCACGUGGCCACAGCCAAGUGAUGGGUUGUGAAGGGCCAAGAGGGGAGGAGAUGGUCUCUGUCCCCAUAUGGGAGCCAGAGGGCCUGGGUCUCAGUCCUGCCUCAGCUUCUGCCCCAAGUCCCUCCCCUCCUAGCCCUCAGUUUCCCUAUCUGUAAAAUGAGGUGUUCGACCCAGGCAUCCUUAAACUUCUGGACAAUGAUGGAUGAUGUCAGGAGACUCUGCCACCUUCAUUGCAUCACCCUCAUUCCUGGGAGACUGAUGGACCAAGCAUCACAGUAACCUUGGCCCACCUGGCUCUGCCACCUCCUGCCAGCCAGUCCAUCCUCACCCCAGCUGACCUCCGGGCUUUCCUUGUUUGUCUCGCACCUCUUCAGUGUUCUGACCGCAUCCAGACCCAAGAAUCUCCUCCCAGCUCUGACAUCCAAACAUCCCUCGACACUCCUGGUUUACAGAGAGGGGAGAGCCUUGCCUGUGGCCACAGGGCGAGCUAGAGGCAGAGCUGGGGCCCACGUGUAUGCCAUUUACACUGGCCAAGUUGUACCGCAGAGUCGUGUUCCCACAAAGCAUUGAGUUUGAAGUGAUGGGAGAAGUUCCCCCAAUGAAGACACAGGCCCAGCCGCUGGGGGGGCAGCUACUGCUGCCUGCAAGAGGCUGAAGAUAGAGGAGGGGCCAUCAAGCCUGGUGGCAUUUGGGGAUAGAGCCCCAAAUCUGAUCUAGCACAUCAUCAGGGAUCUCAUCUGACCUGCCCAACGGUUCCCAGUGUUUAUUUACUUCUUUGGAACCAGGACAGUGUUGGCCUUGGAAAACAUCCCCAGCAGCUCACCCUACACACAAGCAUGCUCUUGGCAUCAAAACAGAACAGAGGAGUUUCCAUCAUGGCGCAGUGGUUAACGAA